GGCUUCUGGCCCGGCCCGGGGCAGAACUUUACUCACGUCUCCAGACCUGACAUGUAGAUAGACGCUAUGGCCGUUCCGCUGAUGCACUUCGCGGCCCUGCCGGCCCUGCCCCCUCCCGGCGUGGCUCGGGUAGAGCAGCCUCACACGGCGACCUACCCGCGACAUGUGGUGGCGACGCCACGGAUCGCGGUCUCAGCAACAAAUCCACCAGGAAUGGCACAGGUCAGACCUGGUUGGCCGGCCACACCCUGGCCAGUCACUCCUUUACCGCCAUCACCACGAGCAUCCCUGACCCAUAGUGCUCGUGACUUGCGGAUCGAGGCGCCACGCAGCUGGCUGAACGGUGCCCCAGUGGCCAUCCUCCCCGCACCGACGCACCUUGCAGCGCCGGCGAAGCUUGCGGCGCCGCAAGCGCCGCCGGAGCCGCAGUUUCGCUUCGAUGCGCUGGCCCAGCAGUUGCAACGCCUGCAGGAGGCGAAGUCCAUCGCAGCCAAUGAGCUCCUGCAGAGCGAGAAACGCAUCGCCCUACGAAAAGCGCAGCUGCGGCAGGAGACGUUCAAAGCAGUUCGGGAAAGCGGCUUGUUGGAAGCGCUGAAGAGGUGGCCCUGCCCAGCGCCCGAGCUGCCCCGCCCUGACGCGGAUGCCGCGACCACGGUGCCCCGCGAGGGCACGGCGGCGUCCGCGGCGGGGACCGCGGCGGAUGGCUGGACAACGCCCAAGGCGAUGUCAGAGAGAAGGGAUUUUCCAACGAAUGCCCAGCCGGACGACGACUUGGAACUCCCUGCCACCUCCUCCACCCUCCCCGCCCCCAACGCCGAGCCGCCCCCACCGCCCCCGCCCCCGGCUCCGCACGCGCCAGACGCGCAGUCGCCGGGGCCGCCAGGACCAGAGCUGACACAGCGGCAGAGCCGAGCGUCGAAGAGUCCCAGCGCCAGUCCCAGGGGACGGACUUCUCCAAGAAGAGCCACUGGCUCCGUGUCCAAUUCGGUGCAAUUCUUGGAGGAAGCGAAACACUGCAGCAAGGCGCUGAGCCGCAUUGCUACACAGGUCUCGGGUCGCAACCUCCGCGAGCUGCGAAAGUUGCUGUCACCUCCACCACAGGUCCUGAAGAUCUUUGAAGCCACUGCUAUUCUUUUGGGAGAUGCUACGGCGCCGCUGCCGGAGCUGCUCAGCGAGGCCUUGCCACAGCGCCUGGGGACGCUGGACGUGACGCGGAUCUCCGCCCUGCAGAGGUCCAGGGUCAAGGCCUUGCUGAAAUUGCCAGAUGUCCAGCCAGAUGCCAUUGCAGCUGUAUGUCAUCCCUGUGCAUCUCUUUCCCAGUGGUGCGAGUGUGUCAUGAUGUUCCUCAGCCGCACCGCCUCAAUGGUGCCCAAGUCGCCGACAACGACGACUCCGUCGAAGGCAUCGGCCAGUCGGCCGGAGGAGACCGAAACGGUGCCGCUGAAAACUGACGAGGAAGAGUCCAAGUUGCACGUGGAACCAGAUCUGUCCAAGUUGAGCCGUGAGCAGUUAAAAGCUGUCCGCGAGUUGACUGUCACUCGCCAGGGCGUUGGCUCGGUCAUCUUCCACGGUCUCACCGACUGCAGCGAAGUGGAGGUGCAGCGGGACAUCGUGCUGUCGAAAGGUUUCAUUUUGGUCUACCCUGAUCCCAAAAAGAAGCCUCCGGCAGGCUGCGGCUUGAACAAACCCGCCACCGUCACGAUGUUCAAUUGCUUUGCUCCGGGCGAGUUGCUAAUGGACGAUCCAUUGGUCCGCGAGGAUUACAAGGAGAAGAUUCGGCUGAUGACAGAGGAAAAUAAGACCUGCAAGUUCUUGGAUUACGACUGCCAGAAGGGAAUUUGGCAGUUUGAAGUCAACAGAUUCUGAGAUUUCUGAGUGGGUUGAUUGGAUUUAAGCGGUGGCUGAUUUUUAGAAAGUUCGGAGCUGGUUGGUGAUUGGGUCCCAACAAUUCCCG